AUGGUGAUCCAGGUGAUAGCCAACAGGACCCCCACUGGCACCAAAGUAACCCGAUCGAGGCCUGAGGCCUACAAGCUUGAGCUCGGGUGUGAAGGCCGCUCUCCCGGUUCUCCAACCGGCGCUCUGCCACCCCCCCCCCCGGACCGGGCGACCACCACUGCAUACCGCAACACCUCCACUCCGGUCCUGCCGAGCAUUGAUCUCCGUGCGGUGUACCCCAAGAUGGCCGACCAACAUCUAUCCAGUGCACGACACGACAUGGACACCGAGCAGCGCAGAAGUGAGCUUGGGUACUAG